AUGGUUGGAUCUUUCGAUUGCACGUGCUCACAAGGAUACCAAGGAAAUGCCACCCACAAAAAUGGUUGUAUCCCGUCCAUAAACACAGGUUUAAUCAUUGGCCUAUCAGUUUCUAGUGGCCCAACUAUUCUAAUUUUGUUUCUUGCCUCCAAGAUAAUAUUCCGCAAGCUUAAGCAUCAAAAGGAACAAAAGUUGCGACAAAAGUUCUUCAAUAAAAAUCGUGGACAAUUGUUGCAAAAAUUGGUAUCUCAUAGGUCAGAUAUUGCAGAGAGGAUGAUCAUCCCUCUAAGGGAGCUAGAAAAGGCCACAAACAAGUUUCAUCCAACUCGUAAGCUUGGUGGUGGAGGGCAUGGUACGGUAUACAAAGGAAUUUUAUCAGACUUGCAUGUUGUUGCAAUCAGGAAGUCAAAUAUUGUGGUCAAGAGUGAGAUUAACGAGUUUAUAAAUGAAGUUUCCAUACUCUCACAGAUCAAUCAUAGGAACAUUGUAAAGCUUUUUGGAUGUUGUCUUGAGACAGAAGUCCCCUUGUUGGCUUAUGAGUUCAUCUCCAAUGGAACCCUAUGUGAUUAUCUUCACAAGAAACCAUUAAGAUCGAUACCUUGGCGAGACAUAUUAAGGAUCGCAACAGAAAUUGGCAAAGCCCUUUCUUACCUUCACUCGGGUAUUUCCAUCCCCGUGAUACACAGAGAUAUAAAGUCCAGCAAUAUACUUCUUGAUGAUGCUUUGACAGCGAAGGUGUCUGACUUUGGAGCUUCAAGGUACAUUCCUAAAGAUAAAACAACAAUUACAACAGUGGUGCAGGGAACUUUGGGAUAUUUAGAUCCUAUGUACUUUUAUUGUGGUCGUCUUACAGAAAAAAGUGAUGUUUAUAGCUUUGGAGUUAUUCUCAUUGAGUUGCUUACAAGGAAGAUGCCAAUUAUAUAUAGAUCCUCCACCGGUGAUGGGCUAGUUGCGCGAUUUGUAGAACUACUUGCAGAAGGUAAAUUGGUAGAAAUACUAGAUUCACGGGUAAUUGAGGAUGGAGGUAGCCAAGUUGAAGUGGUAGCUUCUCUAGCUAUGUCGUGCAUAAAGCUAAGAGCAGAGGAGCGACCAACUAUGAGGUCAGUGGAGAUGACACUAGAAGCACUUCAAGGACCCAAAGAGCAUUUUCGGGUUCGGGGUGCAACAUAUGAGGGGAGUUAUUCGACAAUGAGGUAUACAUCACCCAUAAGGACAAGCUUAGAGGAGACAAGCAGACAAUAUAGUCAAGAAGAAGAGUUUGUGUUGUCUGCAAGCUACCCUAGAUAA